AUGUCUCCCAAUAAGCUGCUGAGUAGCGCGCAACUGAGCGAAGCGCGACUCACGCAAGCUCACCUGUCUAGGUUGCGAUUUGAUCCCCCAAAACGAUCGAAAGACGGACGUACAUUAUCACACUUGCCCAAUGAGGUAUUCGCGAUGAUCUUCGAAUACUUGUUGUCGCCGCGGGAUUGUCCUGAAGACGAGGCCAAAGCCGUUUAUGAUAGCCUCAUACCCGUCUGCCGCUUCUUCCGCGCCCUCUUUCUCCCUUUACGCCUCCGUCAUCUUGUUAUACACAGCACGGCCCCUCGACACGUCGACUUCAUCCGCAGUAUCCAGGACUACCCCUUCCCUGCGCACAGUCUUCGUGCCUAUAUAGAGAAGCUCACCUUCCGUGAUUGGCAAACAUCUCCGCACGCGGACACAGGAAGCAACUGGGUCACAUCUGCACUCCUCGCUCGAUACAUUCCGGUCCUGAGCUCCUUCCCCAACCUCCAAGAGUUGGACUUGACCGACGUCACCAUCAGUCGCUCGUUCUUCGACACAGUAGCUUACCUCGGUAAACUCGAGCGGGUCUCCAUAUCGACAUGCGAUUUCUCGGAAUUCGAGGAUGCCGAGGAUCCAUACCCGAUCGAGCCGCCAAGCACACCAUGGACACACUUUCACUUCCGCCACAAUCGUGGCUUCGAAGACUAUAUCGAUGCGAUGGUCGUCCUAAUCUCGUCGCCAUCCGUACAGGCAUUCGAGUCGACGCAUUGGACUCUGACAUUUGCCUUGGCGCAAAAGGCAGAUGUGUCUUUCGACGCUCUGAAUGAGCUUGCGACACAGAUCCCUUGUGCACCAUCGCCGAUACUGAGAGACUUCCUGGCCCGGACACCAUUCAUACGGGCCUUGCGCAUCACCAGCCUCAUCAGGAUUGGCCCGGAUGUGGGCGACCACGUCAUAGCACGUGAAGUCGCUCGGCAACUCGUCGCCGUUCCACAGUCCGCUCUGCCCAAUCUGACCACCGUGCAAUGUCCGGAAAGCUUUUGCAAGGACCUCAUCCGCGGACGCCCUGUGCGUAGUGUUGAUCUCAUGUCGCAGUUCUUGUACGCCAAUGGGGAUCUGUUUCACUAUGAGCCGGAGAGGUUCGUGUUACAGGCACCCGACCCCGACCUGAGCCAUUCCGCGGUACCCGUACAGCACCUCGCCUUCGGCUCGCUGUCCUUCGACAAUCUGGUCCGUGGCUCUUAUUUCGCGGACGUGCUUCUUGAAAGCUUGACAAUCUAUGUCGGAAGCCGAUCCUUGAGAUUCCCCCAAGAGACUCUGAGAUCAGAGUCAGAACUACCGGCGGCGGCAAACACGACAGUGAAGAGUAUCAAGCUUGUCGUCCGCGGGUACGGCUUGGAUUACGACUUCGACCGCGUCCAGUGCUUCCUAGGCGAACAAGCGAGACUAUGCCGCUGGUUCUCCCGCGCCUUCACCGCCGCGCGCGAGAUAUCCUUCUACAAGGACAUCUCAUGGGUUCUUGACCCAGAUGUCGGGGAAUGGAAGCCAGACAUCGCGCAGUCUGAUCGAGUAAAGCGCGCUCUGCAAGAGGUCAAGGACAAGAUCCCAGUCGGAAGGCACGCCUCGCAGAUGCACCUGCAUACGAUAUUUCCUGGACAGUUGCACGGGGACUGGCAGAAUCUCAAGGGAGCUUACGAGUACGAUGGUGUGACGAGUGCUCAUCCGGAGCCCGAGCCAGGCGAAGAGGAGAAUGUCAUGUCGCAUGCGGAGCUCCUGCGAGCACUGCAGUGGGCAACGUGA